AUGGCCGGCUCAUCUGUAUCUGCAAUUCUAGACGAAAUUUCAUCUUCCAGCAUAGCUUUUAACAAGAAUGAAGCUGGUUCAAGAGAAGGCCUGAUUGAGCACAGCCGUGCCUUGAUUGCGGCCUUAGAGAUUCCUAGUGAAUUUAUACAGCGCACGUUCUGGGCGGAACCAGCUCAAUCAGCCAUCAUCCGUCUUGCCGUCGACGUUAAACUUUUCCAACAUCUGCAGGAAGCGGGCGAUGUAGGCCUGACGCCUGAGGCUCUAGCCCACAGUACCGGGGUCGAUACUGUACUUUUAUCACGCCUAGCGAGACAUCUAGUGGCGAUGAACCUUCUUGCUUUCCACAACGGCGCAUUCCAGGCCACGAGGCUAAGUAACGAUCUCGCAGCGGAGAACUUCCAACACAGCAUCUCCUUUUGCUAUGAUGCGGCCCGCCCUUCAUUCAAUACAUUCCCGCAGUAUUUUGAGAAAACCGAAUAUAGAUCCCCAACUCUGGGUGGAACCGACGGUCCCUUCCAAGAAGCCCACAAGACGCAGCUUCCAUUCUUCGAAUGGCUUAUCGCAACCCCGCCGCACCUGCAGCAUUUCGACUCCUUUAUGAGUGCAUAUCGAGCCGGAAAAGCAGAUUGGCACGAUUUCUACCCGGUGACAGAGCGAAUGAUAGCGGGCUUUGACUCCUCCGUGAGCGAUGUUCUCCUCGUCGACGUCGGUGGUGGGAGGGGCCACGAUGUCGCAACCUUUGCCGGACACUAUACUUCUCACCCAGGCAGGAUCGUCCUCCAGGACCGCGAGCCUGUUAUUGCGAGCCCUAUCAAGGGUGCACGAGCCUACUUUCUUCACUCCAUUCUCCACGACUGGGGUGAUGAUGAUGGCAUCAAGAUCCUGGAGAAUCUGGCUCCAGCACUGGUAAGGGGGUAUUCGCGUGUUUUGUUGAACGAGAUUGUCAUUAGCGAAGAGAAGCCCACACUAGCGGCAACGAGUAUGGAUAUGAUGAUGUUGGCACAUUUUGCAGUCAGGGAAAGAACGGAGGCCGAGUGGAGGAGUAUUCUAGCGAAAGCCGGAUUGAAGGUGGUCAAUAUCUACAACUAUCCGGGGGUUGCAGAGAGUUUGAUCGAGGCGGAACUGGCCUAG